CAUGGUGGUCACCUCUGCCUCACUAGUCCACAACAGAGUGAGUAUUAAUCGUUCUUCAAGAUCAGGAUAAGCUUUUUCCUUCUGCUUCAUCCCCUUCCAUGGCCGCACCUUCCCUCUCCUCCGCUCUCAACUCCCUCUCCUCUCUAUCCCUCUCCACCUCCUCCCGCUUCUCUCUCCUCCCUCCACCCUCCCUCCUCUCCAAACCUCUCCCCCUCCUCUUCGCAACCACCACCCUCAAAUCCAAACCCUCCGACGACAUUGACACAUCGUUCUUCGACAACAUCAACCCGCAAGACGACAUCACAUUCAACCCUCCGGAGCCCCCGGAGGGCUUCGUGGCGCCUCCGUCCUUCGACGACGGCCCCCUGGAGACUGAGGACGAAAUCGCCGCAGCCUACGAGGAGCUCUACGGCCCCGGCUACAGCGGCGUCUCGGUCCUCGGCAACGACGUGUACGUGAUGGACGCGAAGGUGAAGAAGGAGACCGGGUUCGGGUCCGGCGCUAAGAAGGAGAAGGUGAGGGAUGGGUUCGAGGAGAGGGUGGUGCAGGUCAGGAGGGUCACCAAGGUCGUCAAGGGAGGGAAGCAGCUCAGGUUUCGGGCCGUCGUUGUCGUCGGCGACAAGAAGGGCUCAGUGGGCGUCGGAGUUGGCAAGGCCAAGGAAGUCAUUGCCGCGGUUCAGAAGUCCGCCGUCAAUGCCAGGAGGAACAUCAUCAAGGUUCCUAUGACUAAGUACUCCACUUUUCCCCAUAGAGCUGACGGAGAUUAUGGAGCGGCAAAGGUGAUGCUUAGACCUGCAUCUCCGGGUACUGGAGUUAUUGCUGGUGGGUCAGUGAGAAUUGUUCUUGAAAUGGCUGGAGUUGAGAAUGCUUUGGGAAAACAACUAGGGAGUAAUAAUGCACUCAACAAUGCCAGAGCAACCGUUGUUGCUGUGCAGAAAAUGAAGCAGUUUCGUGAGGUUGCUGAGGAGCGUGGGAUUCCAAUGGAAGAAUUGUGGAAGUAAUGAAAUUUGUGAAGGCAAUGUAAUUUUUAGAUGUCAAUCUUUGUGAUAUAGAGCCGGUCAUAGUCCUGUUAAGGAAGUGAAAACAUUGUUUCAAUUUUUGUUGAAAGUUUUAUGAAAGUGAACAGUUUCUUCAAAAAGCUACUUGUUCAAACUAAAUAUAUUCUUUACCUGCCAGUUUGAUUUGUAUUUAUGGUCGUCCAAUUUAUGCUUGGUUAAAUCAAUGUCGAUGAUUCAAUUA